ACCCACCACAAUGACCGGCUAUUUUUUUGUUGCAGUUUGGCCGGGGCUGGGUUUGAACCUGCCACCCUCAGUAUAUGGGGCCAGCACCCUAUCCACUGAGCCACAGGCGCCGCCCAGUUUGUUUGUUUUAUUGAGACAGAGCCUCAAGCUGUUGCCCUGGGUAGAGUGCCCUGGCAUCAUAGGUCACAGCAACCUCCAACCUCCAACUUGGGCUCAAGCGAUCCUCUUUUUUUUGAGACAGAGUCUCACUUUAUCACCCUCAGUAGAGUGCUGUGGCGUCACAGUUCACAGCAACCUCCAGCUCUUGGGCUUAGGCGAUUCUCUUGCCUCAGCCUCCGGAGCAGCUGGGACCACAGGCGCCUGCCACAACAACAGGCUGUUUUUUGUUGCAGUUUGGCCAGGGGCGGGUUUGAAACCUCCACCCUUGGUAUAUGGGGCCAGGGCCCUACUCACUGAGCCACAGGUGCCACCCUCAAGCCAUCCUCUUGCCUCAGUUUCCUCUCUCUUCCCCUCCCUUCCCUUUUCUUUCUUUCUUUCUUCUUUUUUUUUUUUUUUAGACUGAGUCUCACUUGGUAACCCUUGGUACCAAGUUCACAGCAACCUCCAGCUCUUGGGCUUAGGCGAUUCUCUUGCCUCAGCCUCCGGAGUAGCUGGGACCACCAGCGCCUGCCACAACACACGGCUGUGGCAUCUUAGCUGACAGGAACCUCAAACUUUUGGGUUUAAGUGAUUCUCUUGCCUCAGCCUCCCAAGUAGCUGGGACUACAGGUGCCCACCACAACGCCCAGCUGUUUUUAGAGACAGGAUCUUACUCUUGCUCAGGUUGGUCUUAAACCUGUGAGUUCAGGCAAUCCACCCACCUCAGCCUCCCAAGUGCUGGGAUUACAGGCAUGAGCCUUUCUGCUGGGCUAAUUUUUCUAUUUUUAGUAGAGACGGGGUCUCGCUUUUGCUCAGGCUGGUCUCAAAUUUGUGAGCUCAAGCAAUCCACCUGCCUCAGCCUUCCAGAGUGCUGGGAUUACAGGCAUAAGCCACUAUGCCCGGCCUCGGCUAACAGUUUAGAUAUAUUCUUCCAGAUAAUUUAAUACACAGAUACUAAUCUGUGUAACUUUUUCUGAAAUAGCUUCAUACUAUUCACACCUUUGUGCAACAUUCCCACUGUGAAAUCUAGGACACUCUUGAAUGAGUAUGUGAAGUGUGCAGAUAAUUUUGAGUUUAAAUAUCUAAUGAGAACCAAAUGAGAAACCAUAUUGCCCAUUUCCUCUACCAGCCCUCUUUCAGAGCCAGUUCCAGGAUUGGAAGGCCCUGAGCUGCCUCUGUAUCUCUUUUCCAGUGAGGGACAUCUCCAGGGGACGGUCUCUUUUCGCUCCUUGGUGGGUCAGUGCCAGGCGGCCUUUGGACCCUCUCUGCGAGGUCACAAACCAAGGGAGAAGGCCAGUAGCUGCUCACAGCCCUCUGGGGGCCUCAGCUGGGCUCUCCUAGCUCAACGCGCUGGAACGGAACCUUGGUGCCCCAGGGUUAACUACUGCUGCUCAAUCUCACCACCCAGAAGAACUAAACCCAUCGCCUUGGGGUUUAAACCCCUCUGCGCAGGUGCUAACACCACUGCCUAAGCGACGGCCUGAGCCUGCCACUCCCAACACACCGACAAGCUCUUCCCCAGCCUACCGGAGCUAAGGGGGUCCCACACCUGGUCCAGGGAGUAGCCCUCACGUGAGGCCUGCAAGCUUUGGGCUCCCAGGUUGACUCAGUCCCACAGCCUCUGCAGAACCCCUUGCCGCCCCCGUGACUCAGUUUCUCUAUUUGCUCACGCGGGCCAACAGCAAUGAGACACCUGACAGGAAUGAGGACAGUGCCUCCGAUAGCUUUCCCGCAGUGCGUGGCUCUAAGGCGGGGCCCCGGAGACGAGAGUUUACGCCGCCCAGAGCACUCCUGGACGUGACCUGAACGGGCCUUGAGACUGAGUUCACGCUGUGUGUACCUCUAGGUACACGAGCAGGACCGCUGGGAAGACACCACCUGGGACCCGUCCGCCGCGUCUCCUUCGGGGUCCAAGCCAUGGAGGGGCUGCCGGGAGACGCUCGAAGUCCGCGUCGGUGCCGGACCAGUGCCCACUCGCCGCCUGACGCAAUUCGAGGCGCCCUUGCUGCAUGCCGGCGCUGGGGAAACCUCCCCUGCAGUUGCAUCACUCCUGUCAGCUGGGCGCUCAGCUGGAGCGACCAAGAGGUGCCAGGCCGGGUGUGAGUGUCCAUCGGUCCUUCCGUGCCCACGCCGGAGACCGGCCCCGGAGGCCGCCUGGGUCCAUUCCUGAGCCCGGCACCAUGAAGCAGGAAUCCGUAGCCUCGAACACCUCGCCCACAUCACCGUCCCCUCCGACCUCCGCUCCGCUACCCCGGGACAACAGCGAUUCUCUGUGGAUUUUCGGGUACGGCUCCCUGGUGUGGAGGCCCGACUUCGCUUACAGCGACAGCCGAGUGGGCUUCGUGCGCGGUUACAGCCGCCGUUUCUGGCAGGGAGACACCUUCCAUCGGGGCAGCGACAAGAUGCCUGGCCGUGUAGUGACUCUCCUUGAAGAUCAUAAGGGCUGCACUUGGGGAGUGGCAUACCAAGUGCAAGGUGAGCAGGUGAGCGAGGCUCUGAAGUACCUGAAUGUGCGGGAGGCAGUUCUCGGCGGCUACGAUACCAAGGAAGUCACUUUCUAUCCCCAAGAUAGUCCUGACCAGCCCCUCAAGGCAUUGGCCUAUGUGGCCACCCCACAGAACCCUGGCUAUCUGGGCCCCGCACCUGAGGAGGCCAUUGCUACGCAAAUCCUGGCCUGCCGAGGCUUCUCUGGCCACAAUCUUGAGUACUUGCUGCGUCUGGCAGACUUCAUGCAGCUCUGUGGGCCUCAGGCACAAGAUGAGCACCUGGAAGCCAUUGUGGAUGCCGUGGGCACCAUGCUGCCCUGCUUCUGCCCCACAGAACAGGCUUUGGCACUGGUCUGAGGGGCUAGGCCCCUGCAGGGACUGCCCAUGUGGACAUUGGGGCCAGAUACCCACUCCAGUGCCCAAGACUGACUUAAACAUUUAGCCCACUAAGAGGACAUGGUGGGUGGCUGGAGCUUCUCUAAGCCUCUGCCUGUCUGCCAGCCUCCAGCUCUCUUUUUUGACACUGACUUACUACUUGAAACUUUAUUUAUUGCACCAUGUUGGUGUGGUGGGCAGGGUGAGGGCCUGCCCUAGACACAGGGGCCCUGCUGAGCAGUGGCCUCACCCUAGGCACCUGGAGCCUGACCAGAUUCUCCCCUAUGCUGCUAACCUCACCUCCACCUCUCCGGGGAGUCUCCAAAAGCCUUGAUCCUUUGCCCUCCCAGACCAACCAUUACAUAGCCCCGGAAAUAACACCUGCCACCACAUGCUGGAUGAGGGGCAACAGAGAGUGAGAAGGGGCCCUACCAGGAGGAAGACCCCCAUCAGCCCUGCUCCUCUGCCAAGUCCCUAAGGCAGAGGUGUAUCUGAUGCUUGGACCAAACUGCUUACCCAUUUGUUUUGCUUCCCUGUCCCUCUGUCUGCUGGUCUGUCAGGGCCACUCCUGUCUGUCUAUUCCUGGAAAGCUCAUCACUACAGACCCUAGUACCUUCCCAGUCUGUCCCAUACUAUUAUCCAUAAACCAGUCUAUCUGCUGUGCUGAAUGUGGUUCUUUCUUUAGAUGAGU